CGACCUGCUAAGGGGCUGGGUGAUGUGGUUACGGAGGUUGCUAGGGUGUGCUUACAAGGCUGAACAUUUCUGCACCACGACACUUAGGAAUCGCUGGAAAUCCUACCCAAGCUCUGUUGAUACGAGACACGUGUUUUUAUGCAGAAAGCGACGCUACAGUACUAUAAUGGCAGAGGAAGCGAAAAAACUUGCAGCUUACGCCGCAGUUGACAAUCACAUACAGAAUAAUCAAGUUGUGGGAGUAGGCAGCGGUUCCACUAUAGUAUAUGCUGUUGACAGAUUGGCGGAGAGAGUGAGACAGGAGAAGCUGAACAUUGUUUGUGUUCCUACUUCUUUUCAGGCUAGGCAGCUGAUUCUGCAGCAUGGCCUUUCACUCUCUGACUUGGACAGACAUCCUGAGCUGGAUGUAGCGAUUGAUGGUGCUGAUGAAGUUGACUCAGCCUUGACUCUCAUAAAGGGAGGCGGAGGUUGUUUGACCCAGGAGAAGAUUGUGGCUGGCUGUGCCAAGCAUUUCAUUGUUAUAGCUGAUUACAGGAAGGACUCAAAAUCUCUGGGACAGCAGUGGAAGAAGGGUGUACCUGUGGAGGUAAUCCCCAUGGCGUACGUGCCCGUGUCCAGGGCCAUCGCGCGACGCUUUGGCGGGGAAGCUGUGUUAAGGAUGGCAGUCAGUAAAGCGGGCCCUGUGGUCACUGAUAACAGCAACUUUAUCCUGGAUUGGAAGUUUGAGCAUGCUCAGAACUGGAAAGAGGUCAACACUGCAAUCAAGAUGAUUCCAGGUGUGGUGGAGACAGGUUUAUUUGUGGGAAUGGCGGAGAAGGUGUAUUUUGGAAUGGAGGAUGGGAGCGUUAAAGUCCGAGACCCUCCUCUCAACUGAGAGAACCCUGCGUGUCAAAUCUGACCCCCCCCCCCGUACAAAGACUAGCCUCUCACCUCAAGUGCCGUUUCCAAAAAAAAAAAAAAACCCCACAAAAAAAACCCCAUUGUUCUAUACACACACUGUGUUGUACUCUGGUGAGAAUACCAGCAGCUCUCUGUGAGAGGCCUGUAACGUGGAAAUUGUCCUCCGAGCCUACGAUAGCAUGCUUGCGAAAUCUCACCAGAGGUGAUCUCUUUGUGUGAACACUGAUGUGAUGUACUCUGAUAACUCUUUCUCUAUCUCUCUCUUUUCGCCCUUCUCACCCAGGUAAAUAUUAAGCCAUUACAUCAGACUGGGUUAAAGUCUGUAGUUUUCUCAGUUAAUAUUUUUUCAGUUUGCCUUCUUUCUUUUUCUUUUGUGCUCAUACUCCAUUCUGAAUGUAGCUUUGCAUGUGAGCUCAUACACGCGUGUUUCAGUGUUAUUUCCUGAUGUUUGAUCUUUUUUGUGCCUCUUUGCUUGCCUCAGUGGCUCUCUGUUAUAACUGUCACCUUCUGUAACCAAACUGUCGCACCUUUUUGCUUUGAUCUAACCAAAGCUUGUAAUCACAGUAGACCUCAAAUGCAUGCAAGGUUAUUCGAAUCCAAAUUUCUGUGUAUUACAGAAUGUUGAACUUUAUUUUGAAUUGAUAUUUUGACCCAUGUCUGGUAAAGACACGUAUUGUUCAAUCCAUGGCCUUUCUGUUCCUACAAUGCCCUUUGAUAGUUUAGAGACUUUUUCAUGUGAGAGUAGCCCCAGGGUACUCGACACCAUUUGAUCAGCGAUGGUGGUGACAUGCCAGUCAAAGUAGUCCUAUGCUCCCUUUAGAAUGUUGAUAAGCUUGGAUGAUAAUGGAAUGUGCCUGUGACCAUAAGCUCAUUGGUCAGCCCAGGACUGGUAACUGGCUCCCUCAAAACCUUGCAGGCCUUACUUUAUAGAACCAAACUGUUCCCUCAGCUACACAAUAUGUUCAGUUCUUGUAGACGUACCUCAGACCCUGUUGUGGUCCCUUUGAAUUUUGGGCACUGCAGUCUGUUUCCAACACACCAGCUUUAUUUUACAAAAGAGUGUUUUUAAAGCCAGUCCUUUGGGUGUCCCUCCUAUCAGCCACCUUGUUGUGUGGCUUAAAUCUGGUGCAGCUGAUACAGCUCAGGAACUGACCAUCAAAUCCUGACUAAUUGAAAUCAGGUACGUUAUUGCUGGGCCAGAUUAAAACAGCUGACUGGGAAGCCCUCGGGAGUGGGUCGGGAAAACAGUGCUGGGUCUAAAAUUUGUGUACCACUGUUACUGUGAUGUUGGAUUUUGCUGAGUUACCUGAACAAUACUGUGCAAUGAAUGAUAUUGAAAACAGGACCAACUGCUCACUGAUAA